CUCUAGUUCCAGGGCCUGGCCCAGCUGCCACCUCCCCGGGGCCAGGCUUCUUCAGAGCCGCCUCUCACCGAGCUAUAACUCUGCAUCCUGCAGGAAGCAGCACUAACGUCUGCAGCACAGAGCCGGUGUCACACAGCAAUGUCUGGAAAGCGCGCUCUUCUGGUUCUGGCUCAUCCUGAGCGGACGUCCUUUAAUUAUGCCAUGAAGGAGGCCGCUGUAGAGGCUCUGAAGAGGAAUGGAUGGCACGUCACAGAGUCCGAUCUAUACGCCAUGAAAUUUUGCCCCCUGGUGUCCAGAGAUGAUAUUACAGAAAAAGUUCAGGAUCCUGAAAACUUCAAGUAUGGUCCAGAAUCGAUGAACGCCUGGAAGGAGGGGCGGCUCAGCCAAGACAUUGUGACGGAGCAGAAGAAGCUGGAAGCUGCGGACCUGGUGAUAUUCCAGUUCCCAAUGUUCUGGUUCGGACUCCCCGCCAUGCUGAAGGGCUGGUUUGAUCGAGUUUUAACCCAGGGAUUUGCUUACAACAUGUCCUCCAUGUUCGAUACCGGACCAUUCAAGAAUAAAAAGGCAGUUCUGUCCUUCACCACUGGGGGGCUGGAAUCCAUGUACAGCCCAGUAGGGAUCAAUGGCGAUAUGAAUGUCCUGCUGUGGCCAGCGCAGAGAGGAAUCUUGAACUUUUGCGGCUUCCAAGUGCUGGAGCCUCAGAUCAAUUACAGCAUUGCCCACGCUCCUCCGGAGAAACGCUCCCUCAUCCUGAAGGCAUGGCAAGCUCGCCUGGACAAGAUCUGGGAAGAAAAAUGCAUCAACUUUGCAGCCAAUGAGGAUUUCGAUAUGUCCUUCGCAGGGGGGUUUGUGCUGAAAAAGGAAGUGCUGGAGAAGAAGGCCAAGAAUAAAUACGGGCUGACCGUGGGCCAACAUGAGGGUAAGGCCUUACCUCCCGAUAGUCAAGUGAAGGCGAGCUGCACCAGGCUCUGAGCACCACCGGCCGCUCCGUCAUAUCCAAUAAAACCACCUUUCAUUUUAA